AUGGCACCAACGGUGGUGGCUUUCGUCCUCAGUUGGUGGCUGGUGGCACGCAGCAGGGCGCAGCACCCACGCCAGCCCUUCCUCUCGCUGCACCCCAGCAACGGGGUGGCCCUGGGGGGCAAUGUCACCCUGCGGUGCCACCUGCCCCAGCCGGCUCUCUGGGUCCUGCUCUGUCGGGACGAAGUCGAGAUUCUGUACCAGUACAGCACCGGGGAGCAGAAUACGACCGAGUUCUUCUUUGGGGACGUACAGCGGGAACACGCAGAGAAGUACCAGUGCCAGUACAAGGACAAGGAGACAAUGAAGUUGUCGGCGCUGAGUGACCCCGUGGAGCUAGUGGUGACGGAUGCCAGCUUCCCCCCUCCCGGGACGAUGCUGAGCCCUAGAGGGGGCGUGGAGACGGGGACCAACGUCACCAUCCAGUGCUGGGCAGCCCACGGGGCCACCUUCCUCCUGCAUAAGGACGGGUGCUCCCCCCCCAGCCAGCGCCAGGACCCCCAAGAGCAGGACAUGGCCACCUUCACCCUCCCCGGGGUGACCCCGGCCGAUGCCGGCACCUAUAGGUGCUCGUACAUCCCCUAUGGAUACCCCUUUCUGUCCUCGCCCCUCGGGGACAAGGUGACGCUGGAGGUGACACCGGCUUCUGGAGCACCCCGAGGUGCUGAGGGGGGUCCCUGGAGGACCCUGGUUGUCGCCGUGGGGGGGGGCUGCGCCGCCACUGCUGCCCUCGUCUUCAGCCUCGGCCUCUUCUUCCUCCUCAUCGCCCGGAGACGCCGGAGAAGUGAGAGCUGUGGCAGGGAAGGGGUUAAAUGGCUUGGGGACCCCCCCCCCCCCAAUGUGUCACCUGUGUUCCUGGGGUCCCCCGUGCCCCCCCGUGGCCCGUGGCCCCAGGAGGACAGCGAGCACCUGACCUACGCGGACCUGCGCCCCCCGCCCCCGGCCCCCCGCGGGUGCUCGCCGCCCCCCAGCCCCCCAUUAUCUACGCCCAGGUGGGCGCUGGGGGAACCCACUGACACCCCCCCCCCCCCCCAGCGCCCCCCACUCCAAUAA